AUGGUACCUACAUUAGGGACCAAGCAAGGGCGGAGGCUUCUCCUGUCUGCAUGCUUCAUGAUUGUGGCAGUCAACAUUGCCCCCAACAUCAUGAGCAACAUCCAAGCCAUAUUGCAAGUCAUUAAAUGCAUCUGCAAGAAUUCCUCAGAGAGCCUCCUCAUCUCAACAAAUCAGCUGGGUAAUGCUUCUUGGGAUUUCAGCCGCUAUCUCAAAGGGGUUGUUGAUUAUAUGCCAAAUCAAAUAGUGAAACCUAGAGACGGCCAUAUUCAGUUCGAGACACACAACAACAGCUUCCUACUGAGUCGGAAAGUGAUUGACGCUAACCAAGGGAUCAAGGAAGAUUUCUCACAUGUUGAAAUGCUGGCCCAGAAGGUCACCCUGUUGGCCAACCGGGUCAUUGCUGGCUUCUUCCUCUUCUACUUGAUCUUUGAGUCGGCUUGGUACCUGAAGAGCUAUCUUACAGACCUCCAAUUUGACAAUAUUUACAUCACCAAAAAGCUGGAAGACUUGGCUCAGAAAAAUAAAGCCACUCACCUACUGGUUUGCUCACCUAAAAAACUGAUCAAGUCAACUGGUCUCAAGCUGACCCGAAAGGAACUCAUGACAUGCUUCAGGCACAUGAUUCUCCUCACAUUAAUGCUGAUAUUGACGCUGGUGAUCAUAGCAACAGAUUAUAUCGCCUUCCACUUGGCACAAGCAAUGGUGACUGAAGUCUCUCGGUUCCCUGUAGUGCCAAUUAAAUUCCAGAUAAAAUACGAUGUCAAACUUACUUGGUUGAAAUUUUGGGGAAAGAUUUUUAAUGGUGCUUUUCCAACAGGACAAUUAAUAUCUCCCUUUGAAAGCAGCUACCACCAGAAUGUGACCUUUGUCACCGCCGAGUGCUCCAUGAAAUGGCCGUACCCUCCGAAUGUAUCCGUGAUCUUUGCUGUCGGACUCCUUUAUUGCAUCAUUUAUGCCAUGAUAUUUCUGGAAACGUACUCGCACCGGCUGUGCCGGAAAAUUUCAGCCUCCUUUUUUGAGAGCCAGGAAGACCAGAGGAUCCAGUAUCUGUACAGGAAACUCGUUAAGAAACACAAGAGGAAAGAGCAAAAGCAACAGCAGCAGCAACCCACAGGAUUUUGUUAA